CCUGCAGAAGCUGACUGUAGCCACCGGGACGUGAGUGUUGACCAACUACAGAAUUAUUACAGAAUUAAUUUUAUUAUAGAACUUACAUUAAUACUAACGCACGUGUGGGCUGAGUAGGAUCACGUGACCCAGAGGCAACGUCAGUCGUCAGUAUCAUCAUCAUCCUCAUCCUCAUCAACAACAGUCUGUCUGCGCGCGCGAGCUCUCGGUAAAACCCCUCGCGCGCGGAGUAUGCUGAAGCCGCUCCGGUGAUGGAGGCGAGCGCGCGCUGCUCUUCCUCCGCGUGCCUGCCGCUCUUCUUCCUUCUUUUGCUCUGUGUCUCACCGACGUCCUCUUUCCUGAACCCGUUCAGCGAGUGCACGCAGAGCCGCGGGAGAGGCGCGUCAUACCGCGGCUCUGUGGACGUCACGGAGUCGGGCGCGCGGUGCAUGAACUGGAGCGAUGUGAGUGGCGUGACCGCGCGCUAUCCAGGCAAAGGACUCGGCGAGCACAACUUCUGCAGGAACCCGGAUGCCAGAAUCCGGCCCUGGUGCUUCUUCCUCAACGCGCGUGGACGCGUCGACUGGGGUUACUGCGAUUGUAAACAAGGCUCUGUGCGCCUGCAGGGUGGCAGGUCUAAGUUGGAUGGGACAGUAGAGGUGUACAUGAAUGGUGUUUGGGGGACGAUCUGUAGUAAUGACUGGGACGACAGAGACGCUCAUGUAGUGUGUCGACAGCUUGGGCAAGGGUUUAAAGCGCGAGCGCGUGUGAGCUCCCUGUCUAGGCUGCCUCUGGCUGUAGUGCAAUGGAGGACGAUCAGGUGCAGUGGGGAGGAAGUUGACUUACUGCAAUGCCCUCGAUCGGUUUGGAACGGAGGAGAGUGUGCUAACCAACAGGCUGCUGCUGUCACCUGCACUCCAGUAGAGGCAGUGUCAUUUGUGCCAGUGCGUCUUUCUGGAGGAGCAACUGCAUACGAAGGCCGAGUAGAAGUGUAUCACGCAGGGCAGUGGGGCACAGUGUGUGAUGACCAGUGGGACAAUAAUGAUGCUGAGGUUGUGUGCAGACAGCUGGGCCUGGGUGGCACGGCUAAAGCCUGGGUCGGGGCGUAUUUUGGUGCCGGCGUGGGCCGCGUGCUGCUGGAUGAAGUAAGCUGUACAGGAAAUGAGCUCUCUAUAGAGCAGUGCCCGAAGACAGCGUGGGGAGAACACAACUGUGAUCACAGUGAGGACGCCGGAGUGUCCUGCACGCCGCUUACAGAUGGAUCGGUGCGCCUGGUGGGCGGAGCAGGAGGGUUUGAGGGAAGGCUGGAGGUUCACUAUCAUGGCCGCUGGGGAACAGUCUGUGAUGAUGGCUGGACAAACACCAACACACAGGUUGUCUGCAGACAACUGGGAUACAGGUCAGGGCAGAGUGCGAACCCGGAGCGCUUCGGCGUGCCGUUAGGGCCGAUUUUACUGGAUGACGUGAGCUGCACGGGGAAAGAGCCGACCCUCACGCACUGCGCCAGGAAGGAGUGGCUUCGACACGACUGCAAACACACAGAGGACGUGGCUGUAGUCUGCAGCAGCCAACGUGUCGGGCAUGGAGUGCCUACUAGUGUACCACUUCGACUGGUGGGCGGUGAGAACGAGAGUGAAGGCCGGGUCGAAAUUCUCUUGGCCGGCCAAUGGGGGACGAUCUGCGACGACGGCUGGACGGACGAGGACGCAGAGGUGGUGUGUAGACAGCUGGGCUACAGCGGUGAAGCCAAAGCCCGUGUCAUGGCGUAUUUUGGAGAAGGACGCGGCCCCAUUCAUGUCGACAGCGUGAAGUGCACGGGGGCCGAACGCUCCUUGGCCGACUGCAUCAAGCAGCCAAUAGGAAGCCACAACUGUCGCCAUAGCGAAGACGCCGGAGUCAUUUGUAACUACGGCCAACGGGACAACAGCACCCGGGUCAAAGAUGUUGCAAGUUCUGUGUGUGGUCUGAGGCCCACACACACUCGGAGGAAGAGGAUCAUCGGUGGACAAAACUCACUACGGGGCGGCUGGCCGUGGCAGGUCGCAGUGCGACUGCGUGGCUCUCAGUCAGACGGGCGACUGGUGUGUGGCGCCACUCUGAUCAGUAGCUGCUGGGCGCUGACAUCGGCACACUGUUUUAAGAGGUACGGUAAUGGCACAAGCACCUACAAAGUACGAGUCGGCGAUUAUCACACCCUCGUUCCAGAGGAACACGAGGACGAAUACGCCGUGGACAAAAUCGUCCUGCAUCCACGCUAUCGUCCACAGGGCAACGACUACGACCUCGCUCUGGUGCGCCUGAUGCGGCACGGAGGUCACCGAGGUCAAAGCGGAGAGUGCGUACGCCAGAGUCACGCUGUACUUCCUGUGUGCUUGCCAGAAUGGAGGGAAAGAGCUCCGAAGGACUUGACGAAGUGCUACAUUACUGGCUGGGGAGACACGGGCCGUGCGUAUUCCAAAACCCUGCAGCAGGCAGCCAUCACGGUCCUGGGCAAGCGCCAUUGCGAGCGUCACUACGGCAACCAGCUAACCAGCCGCAUGCUCUGUGCCGGCUCGGCCCUCAGUGGUCAGCACGUGGACAGUUGCCGUGGUGACAGCGGUGGCCCGUUGGUGUGCGAGAGAGGUGCGAGCUGGAUUGUGUACGGGGUCACGUCCUGGGGUCAUGCGUGCCGACUACAAGACUCUCCGGGGGUGUACACCAAAGUGUCCGCCUUCUUGCCUUGGAUCACGAAGGUCACUAACCAAUAGGAGACGAGAUGAACGACAAAGCUCAGAGAGUCGUUGGUGCUGGCUUAACAUGGCCAACAAGGGUAAUGAGUUAGAACUGUAGUAGCUGUCAUGUAGAAGACAACGCGGUAGCGCUGUCUCAUGAGCACAGCAUCUUUGUUUUUGUUUUUUUUAAUCAGUUUUAGUGCUAGCACUCAUAGAGACUGUAUGGAUUUGGUUAUAGGGACCACUAUGUAGGGGCACAGUUAACUACAGAGCAUGAAACAUAGAUUAGUUACUCAUGUUACUCACUACAGCUGGCAGUCCGAAAGAUGCUCUGCCGUCGCUAAGAAUCGGACAACAUCGCAACGGUGGUGACGCUGUUAACGCCUCCCUGGAAAGAUGACAUCACCUGGAGCGCUUGAGCCUGUGAUGAGAACAUCGAAUGGGAGGGAGACGUGCUUACAUCCGUGAGGAAUGACUCACACAAGCUCGAAGACAUUUGCACUAAAUUCUCAGUGAACAUAAAAAAAUAUAUAUACAUAGAUACAGUAUAUGUGUAUUAAAUCAAUCAACACCUUCUGACCAAUCAGAUUUAAGAAUUAUAAAGCCGAUUGAACUUUAGCAUGCGGCUCACUAAAAAGUACCAAAGAAAUAAAAUAUACAACAAACCCAUGGAAUAAAUAAUACAAUUAAGCCUCAAGAAAACACACAUACACAGGAGCCUGACAAUCAGCUUUCAAGAUAAAAUAAAUAAAAAUACAUAUUUUGUAUCACUCAAGUUCAACAAUUCAAGUUCUCGUGUAAACAAAUCGAAACAAAUCGAUUUUGCUAAUACAAUUUGAAGAGUCGAACUAAGCCAUGGCCACUAAAAAAAACUGUUCAAAUAGCAAAGUUAUACUACAUGGUGAGAAUGUAUACAACCUCAGGACGAUCAUAAUUAUAACAGACUAUGCGAACUGAAGAAUCAGCAGCGUGGGAGUUUUUGCGGCUUUCGCUGUCAAAUAUAUUACAAAAGAAACACUUAAUAGGUUUCUGGCAUACAGCCGGAGGAGUAUUACUGCAUGGAUCGUCGUAGUCUCUAUCACAUUAAUCACCGCAAAACUGUUUUCAUUUACAAACCCGGCUCAUCGGCUUCAAAACGAUUUAUUUACUGAUAUUAUUAAAGACGAGUGAACGUUGCUGAAGGAUUUACUCUAACACUAUAAAUGACUAGAAUAGAAUUGUUAUUUUACAGAUAGUGAUGACUAGUUAUAGUUAUAUACCUGAGUUUCUAACUGUAGGAGAUUGAAGCCGUAUAUCGUAUGUCAAUAUUCUGAACUUUGAUUAAUAUGAGGAAUAAUAAAUUACUAUUAUUCAGUUCCUGUCCACGUUACAGACAAAUUUCCCACCUGAUUGCCUCAUGAAAAAGUUAUUUCUCUGUUAAUAUUUAACCUAAAUAUAUAAUUCCUAAUUGAAGCUAUAAUGUAACUUCCAUAAGGUACAUAAGUGUUAUAUAUCGUCGCUGUCGGGCGGAAUCCUCGUAUCUCCAAAACCGUUACUUUUCAGGAAAUUAAAAAAACGCCGUACCUUAUCUGCAGUGCACAGGGUUUAGUCCACGUUGCAGUGGAUUGUCUUGCGCUAAAUUCCUGUCCUCAGACGAGCACCAGAACUAGCGGGGGUCAAGAUUUUUUUUCUUUGAGCCCAGUGUUUUGAAGACAUUUACCUCAGAAGACGUGUUGAUUCGUUGCGACUCUUCUUGAGGAGAAAUAUGCCGCGAAGCUUUCCUGCGGAGUGAGGAAGAGGUGGACAGUUGAAGUGUCCAAUGGAGUUAUGAGAUUUGUGCUCAAGCUAUUUUCAAGACUUUAGAUUGGUUAAUAACUUGUAAAAAUAACAGACCCACGUGGGGACUGACCAAUAGCAUCGAUAUGUGAAAAAAUAUGAAAUUGACCAAAUUUGGACAUACGAGGUUUCCGCCCGACAGCGACAUGCUACAUGCUGUAAAGUCAGAUCUUAACAUUUGUGUUGUUGUUAAACAAAUUUCUCCAGGUCACGAUUAUUUCUAGCACAAUGUCCGUACAAUUUUUACAAUCUUGAACACUAAUAACAGUAAUAAUGCCCAGAAUUGCCUAAUUUUAUUCACAUUACACUUACAUGUAAAAACACCAUAUCUGGGGUUCAGUCUGUCAAAUCUAUUAAACAGACAAUAACCCAUAAGGAAAAAACUUCACUUAAGAUGUUUACAUUUACUUUUUAAGUUACAAUUCAAUGUUAAUGUUCAUGUUAAUGAUUUUAUUCCAUUUAUCAAGUUGAUUUUCUGUUUUUGUUACUUUAUUAAGUUCACUGUAACAGUGUAUUGGUGCUAUUAAGAAUCUUCUGGAAGUCUUACAUCGUAUUGGUGUAGUGCAAUAUGAAUAAACGGGGGAAAAAAACAAACGAGAACAUAUUUAGCGGAUAGCUGACCGUUUCAGUUUUGUAGCAAUUUACACAUUUUCAGAUGAAAAGUGAAGUUAAAAAAUGUUACGUUCAGGUUAAAAUUCAGAAUUGUUGCAAACUCAAUGUUUUUCUUAACUUCGCUUUUUAAUUUCUUUUUUUUUUUUUACUUAGCGAUUCAAAAUACAAUUAAAAACUACAAUAAAAGGAUGUCAGAGUCCUGUGUUGCUCAGGCGGAGGGUAUGGCGCAUUGUAAAGAGUUUAAACUUCAAUAGCUGGAGUUCCUACCGAAGAUGUGAAACUUCCAAGGUUACAUUAAACUGACACAAACUCUGCUAACUUAUGUAGCUAAAAAAGUUUUUUUGCAAACUGUGAGAACACUUCGGCUGAAUUUUGUGAGCUUUGUGUUGAUGUUUUUAAUGUUUCCAUUGUGAUUUAAACCUUACAUUUAUUCAAUUUAUACAAAAAGACUUCAUUCAGUUUUGUAAUAUUUUGUAUUCAUUAGAUAUUAUAAUUUGAUUUGCUUGUAAUUCCUCAUUUUUUUGGUGACAAAUAAAAUUUUACGAUCUUAAAAGAAAAUAAAAAUUGAAGAAAAAUAAUGUUCUGUGAUGUUUGGCCGGUACCAUCAACAGUUUAACUUAGAAAAGUGCAUGUUUUUUACCUGUAAACUUUUACUCUAAACAAUAUUUCUGAUUCAAUUAUAUACAAAAUUAUUAUUAUUUUUUUUAACUUAACACUACCGUAUACUAAUGUUUCCAGGUAAAUGAUACACAUUGAAAUCUUACAACAUCGAACUUUUAGGAAGCCGUGUUUAACAGUUAGGGAAUACAUUUUUGUCAUUACAUUCUUAAUUCUGAUUGGUCGGAAUUUGUUGAUUCGUUUUCUUUAACAGAAUCAGAUCACAGACAUUUCCACUAUGAAUGUGUCUUGACAUGAUCCGAGAUUCAAAUGUUUAUGGAAGGAGUCUUCAGUAUCAGAAUACAUGGCUUUGGAAUGUGAGGGGUUACAUUUUCAUGUUUAUAAAAUUUCAUGAAUUUCGUUAAACGCUAAGAAUGAUAGUGACUCAUAUCAUUAGCUCAUUGUUGUAAGCGUAAAGUGUGUGACAGUGUUCAGUAGCGAUCCAUCACGCUGAUGAAUCAUUACAGGAAUUUAAAAUAUUUACUAGAGAUUUGUGAAAACUGGCUUUACAGAUACUGAACUCAUGUUUUUAAAAUCACAGCAAAAAGAAGAAGAGACUGGAGAAUUGGUGUGUGCGUGUGUGUGUGAGAGAGAGAGAGAGAAAGAAAGAAAGAAUGAGAGUGAACAGUUUUAAACCUCAAGGGUUCUCUCAGGAAUGAGAAAUUCACCGAAUUCAACAUGCAUUGCCAAGCAAACCCAGCCGAACCUCGCUCAAGUGCAGUGUGUGUGAGUGUGUGUGAGUGUGUGUGUGAGUGUAACAAUUUUGUGAAUUCUGACAGAACUCUGGCAAGUUGUCAUUAGAAAAAUGCUGGUGUGUGACAAAUUGAGACUGUUUGCUAGCUCAGUCUGUACUACAACUUCUUCCUGUUUACACCACAAACACAAGUCAGUGUGUGUGUGUGUGUGUGUGUCUGUGUGUCUGUGUGUGUGUGUGUGUGUUUCAAAGCCAAUCAUUUUUUUAAAAACCAGGUAACCAAGGAGAAUAGCCUUUAUGUUUUAUGUAUGUCACAGUUUAAUCAUUGUUAAGUAUGUGCUAACUUUACUUGUUAAAAUGAACUUAGCUUCUAAGCACAGUACUUAGCAUUGUUGGUAUAUUAACUGUAUAGAUUUUGAACAGAGAGCAGUAUUUGGCAUUACUUGCCCUUGUGUAAGGAACUCUAUUUGGCACAUAUUUCAAGAAAACUUGUUCACACCAAUACAACGAAUAUCACAAGGGAAAGCACUGUUGUAGCCUAAUUAUGAGCUAACUUUCUUGCUAGUUGGUUACUUAGCAGCUGUACACAUUCAAUGGUAACACUGCAUGCUAGCUACAAAACAUAACACGAUUUAUUUUAUCGAUUCGCUUUAUUUUUUUACUUUUUGAUCAUUGUAUUUUUUUUAUUUUAUUGUUAUAGAUAUAAUUUUUUUUUAAUAUUGCUUCCUGUAGCGUGUCAGCGCUUUAGCGUUCGAGCCUACAGAUACUGUAAGAACACAAAUGUGUGUUAGCAUUUCUAAAAUGGCUGCCGUUGCUGUCUGAACACCAAGUAGACGUGAAUAUCAGUCUUCGGGACACAAGCUCUUUGUUUCACUGAGGCUGUUUUAGGUGUCAGCACCCACUUGUGAAAGGAGAGGAGUUUUCUCUGAGGUUUGAGAAAGAAUGAGAGGGAAAAGAGAGAGAGAGAGAGAGAGAGUGAGAGAGUAGAAAUGAAUUGAAGAAGAGGAGAAAACUUUCUCAAUGUUUUUGUGUUGAACGUUCCAGAUUUUUUGUCCUUUUGGGUAUUAAAUAACACUCCUUCUACCUUUACAGGAAUUUUUGGAGCUUCUUUUCUUCUCACUGUGCUUUGUAUCUCUGCUAACAGCAACUGUUAUGUAACAAACUGUUUUAAGUUUUUAAUAUUUUUUAAGUAGUAAGUGCCAGCUGAGUGAAACUGAGCGCUGAGUUAAAACCAGUCUUUUGAGUACCAUCUCAUUAAUUUAAUGCUAUGUUUACCACGUAAAAAGAAAGAAAAAAUACACACAGGGUAAUAAAUAUUAAGGUACUA